AUGAAUCUAGCACUUAAUCUGGUUCAGCAACCGGAUACAUCAACCUCUCCGCUUCCAACUUCCUGCUUCAUCUCACCUAUUUCCACGUCACGAUACCAUCCUCAAUGUCCUAGUGCCCCGACCACUAGCACUGCUACAAUGCCUUUUGUUGUCCCUAUGCCAACGGCUUCACAUGCCCUUACCAUUUCCGGGCCAGGUCAUCCUGCAAUAGACAUCGCUUCGCCGACUAUGCCAUUAGUAGCUAACAUUCCAGGGAAUACUCCCAUGCUACAUUCAGACGGAGGUGAGAGCAGUAAUCUUCUUUGCCUCUUUCAUGUGCCCUAUUCCUGCUGCUUCCGCUAUUAUUGUUACCUUUUAUUUGACCCUGCGGUCAUUUAUUCGUAUCAUAAAAUCAUUAUUUGUUUUCAUACAACUGCCACUUAUUAUCAUCAUUAG